AUGGGAUCAUUUUUGUCAGUUUCCAAAGGAUCUGAUGAACCUUUGAAAUUUUUGGAGAUGCAUUAUAAAGGUGGCAGUGACAAGUCACCAUUGUCAUUAUUAGCAUUGGUUAGAAAAGGAGUCAUGUUUGAUUCUGGUGGUAUUUCAUUGAAACCAUCUUCAAACAUGUCAGAAAUGAAGGCUGAUAUGGGUGGAGGUGCAGCCGUUUCUGCAUCUUUGUAUGACAUAGCAAAAUUAAGAUUACCAACUAAUGUCAUAGCAACAAUUCCAUUAUGCAAAAAUAUGCCUUUGAGUUAUGCAACUAAACCUGGUGAUGUUGUAAUAGCGAUGAAUGGUAAAUCUAUCGAGGUUGGUGAUACUGAUGCAGAAGGUCGUCUUAUUCUAGCUGAUGCAUUAUACUACACCAGUUCAACUUUCAAACCUCAUACUUUAAUUGAUAUGGCUACCUUAAUGGGUGAAAUGGGUGUGGCAUUAGGUAAUGUUUAUUCUGGUGUAUUUACCAAUUCUAAUGUAUUAUGGCAACAAUUAUCAAGUUCUAGUAAAAAAACCAACAAUAGAUUUUGGCGAAUGCCAUUGGAAGAUGCUUAUAAAAAAGGGCUGGAGAAAUCAAGUGUAGCAGAUUUGGUUAAUGUUGGUGGUGAUAGUGAAAUUGGUGGCAUUAGAAUUAAAGAUGCAGAUGAAUUGAAUUGUAUUAGGUAUGCACAUAUUGAUAUAGCUAGUGUUAUGCUUACUACAGAUGAUUCUGGUUAUAAUAUUAAAGGCAUGAGUCAAUUAUUGAAAUUUGCAAGAAAUCUUGGUUAA